AGUGUGCCACGUACAGGCCGGGACCCUUCCGGAGGUGUAGCGGAGGAGCUGGAGAGAGUCGGGUCGGGUCUGAGCGGAGUCUUAACCACUGCGGGAUCAACGCGUCCAAACGCCAGUAUGAAUGGCCAGCUGGACCUGAGUGGGAAGCUGAUCAUCAAGGCUCAGCUGGGUGAUGACAUCCGCCGCAUCCCCAUCCACAAUGAGGACAUUACCUACGAUGAGCUCCUGCUCAUGAUGCAGCGGGUCUUCCGUGGCCAGCUCCAGAGCAGUGAUGAAGUUACCAUCAAAUACAAGGAUGAAGAUGAUGACCUGAUCACUAUCUUCGACAGCUCUGAUUUGUCCUUUGCCAUCCAGUGCAGCAGAAUAUUGAAACUCACUCUGUUUGUAAAUGGGCAGCCUCGGCCACUGGAGUCAUCCCAAGUCAAGCACCUGCGCAAGGAGCUGAUCCAGCUGAGAAACAAAAUCAACAGCCUGCUGGACAGCCUGGAGCCACCUUCAGAACCUGCACUGGAGAGCAGCAACCCACAAACCGAGUGUGUGGAGGCUGUAGAUGCAGCAGUGAAGCAAGCCCCUCCUGUCAGUGCUGCCAGCAUGUCUGCCUUUGACCCCCUGAAGAACCAAGAAGAGGUCAGCAAGAAUGUCAUCUCAGCUUUUGGCCUGUCAGAUGAGCCUGCUCCAGCCCCAGCAGCUGUAGGGGAGGAGCGCUCUGGCACUCCUGACAGUAUUAACUCCUCCUCAGCCACUCACCCUUCUGCUGCAGCCCCUCAGGGCCCACCCCCUUACUCAGGGGUCCAGCAGCCUCCUGCCACUACGAUGGAUGGCAAAGUCACUGAACCUGCAUAUAGGAGUCUGCCAGGUGUGCCUCAAAAGUCUCAGUCGACUGUAUGUGCAGGUCAGAUGUAUCAGCAGUACCAGGCUCCAGGUGGAUAUCCCCCCCAGCAGCCAGCAACUACUCAGCAGCAGUAUGGCAUGCAGUACCCUGCUGGUUAUACUCCACAGCAUGGUGGCCCUCAAGCUACUCCUCCCCAGCAGCAGCAGCAGCAGUUCCAGAAUUACCCCGCCCCCACAUCUCAGGCUGCUGCGCCAGGCUCCGCCCCUGGAUUCAGUGCCCAAUCACAGGCCCCUCCUCCUCAGGCAGGAGGCCAGUACCCACCAGGUGCAUUUCCACCUCAGAAUUACACCUCCCAGGCCUCCCAGCAGCCGGCCAAUUACAGCCUGCCUCCCACCUCCCAGCCUGCCCCUGGAUAUCAGCCCCGCCCUGGAUACACUCCACCGCCCGGUGCGACCCCUCCACCCGGGGGCUCAAACCCCUACGCCCGAAACCGCCCCCCCUACGGGCAGGGCUACACCCAGCCGGGCCCGGGGUACCGGUAAGGUCCAGCUAAUGUUCAGAUCCGGCUGGAGCUGCGGCUGAUCCAGCUCUCUGAUUACAACACAUCAAGCCCGAACACCCUGUUUGACCUUGUGUUGUGUGUAUGCAUGUGUGUGUGUGUGUGUGUGUGUGUGUGUGUGUUUAAAAGAGAAUGUGUUUGAGGAAGUGCCGAGAAAUUGGGUUGUGUGUGUGUGAGUGCACAGACGAGACCAAACGUGUUAACAGCUGUGUGUGUUAUUGAGGAUAUAAAGGUGUGUGAGUGUUUUGAGUGUGUGUGUGUGUGUGUGUUUGAGAAAGUGAGAGUGUGUGUGUGUAUGAGAAAGUGUGUUUUAUUUUAUCACUCGUCUCCUCUGUAGUGUUAACGUGUGUUAAAUCAUAAGUCUACUUUCUGUUGAAACACUAGAUAUAAUCGCACCUGAAGGAAAUUGUUGUUUCGUUUUCAUUUUUCCCCCAAAUUCUCUCCAUUUUCUCAUCACCCGUCUCUCGGUUUUUACUAAUCCUUGACUGGCCCUCUAUAGUGACACAAGUCAUUUAUGUAUAAAUUGUAACAUUAUGUUUUCUGGAGGUGAAUAAAGACUUUGAGACUGAGAAA